AUGGCUAAACGACAAUCUGUCGUGUCGUCGAUCGACUCGAUCUGGGUUCAAUUACUUCACCCUUCGCCCUCAGGUUUAAAUAAAUGUGCUCCUCGUAUCCGGCACCUUCUGAUCUCUCACCAAAUCCUUGGCAAUGUUCCACCUGUGGUUCUCAUCAGAGAUAAACAAUAUGCUGCUGUCACUGAGAUUGAAAACCUUCUCAAGAAAGCAGAUUUUGGUCCAGAUGAAGAUAACGUAAAUCGUUUAUCCACCAACGAUGUCGGGGCCAAACUGCAGCUGAUGCAAUCUGAAGACAACAAAAGACCCGUUUUGUUUGGUGUCGAUCACGAUGCUCUGCACAAACAGAUCGAAGCCUAUAAACGAGAGAAGGGGGCGAGAGACCCUCUCACACAGAGUCCUACUGCUGGAGGACUAACACAAGAGCAGCUGGAUAUGCUAGCAGAUAUUAGGAAGCAGAAACUCAUAGAGAAAAAGAAGAAAAAGUCUAAAUGGAUGAAGGAUAAUGAUAUCACUCCUAAGGAUUUUCUGUUGACCAGAAGCCUUCAAAAAGAGGACAAAGAGGAGCAGGACGGUGAUGAGGACAGCCUGGUGGAUAGCCAGGACACAGAGUUGAUGGAAGAGGACAACAGGAGACACUGAAAUCACAUCUUUUAGUCACUUGCAAUAUUAUGUUGUAUAGAAUUGUUUAAUAAAAAUCUUCAAGCUUGGGAGAUGAAGUAAAUGGGCUCCAAUGUUGUUUGAUUC